GUUGGUUGAGCAAGGCACUGAGUCCUCUUCUGUGCUCUUCCUUCUUCCUUUUCAGUGUCCGUAAGCUCAGGUAGACUCAAAAGAUCAGGCUUCAGACUGCAGUUUGACUGCAGGAGGCACCAGCCAAUACGAGAGACAGCGCGAACACAAAGAAGACUUAGAGUUAGAAUAACUUUAUUGUCACUUUAAAUGUACCACUGAUCGGCGUAUGUGAAAAUGAAAUUUCGUUGCAUUACAUUUCAAGCUUGACAGACUCGAAAUGACUGGUACGUUUCCUGUGGUUGACAUGGAUUUCCGCACCACCCCUAUUAAACUCAACUAGGACGAGCAGAUGCAAAUGUCUAAACGCUACAGUAGUAAACAGUCUUGGCGCCACAGAUACACAGUACUUCCUGUACAAAUUUGACGGGGAAGGCCUGGCUGCACUUUCCUGAUCUUGGCCACAAUGCUGCAUUCAUUCUCAUAAGCUCACGGGCUGCGUUUUGAGACUAACAAAAUGGCAACUUCAUGAAAACCUGUGAAGAUGGACAGAUGGAAAACGCGUGUGGCUCAGCUUCAGGAAGAUCCUGAGAGCAGCACAGUAGAAGGUGACUCGGGAAGCCAACUGGAUGUGUUAGCCAAAGCGCACGAAUUCUUCCAGAUCUGCGAUGUAGAAGGGAAAGGGUUUAUUGCUCGCCAUGACAUGCAGAGGCUCCAUGGUGAGUUACCGCUUGUCCCCGAAGAGCUGGAGAAAGUAUUUGACACUCUGGAUGCAGAUGGCAAUGGCUCUCUUACUCUAGAAGAAUUCACCACCGGAUUCAGCCAGUUUUUGUCGGGGAGGAAGGAAAACUUUGCUGAGGUCCGUGAAACUGACUUUCAUCCUAAAUCGAAAGAAAGCGUCGCAGCAGGAAAUGAAGAAGACGACCAGUUUUCAAAUCUCAUGGUACAACUUGGAGCCGAGAAUAUCUUGAAGGAUGAAGAUGACGUGAAGAAACUCUGGCUGCACCUGAGGAUACAUGAGCCUCACCUGCUUUCCAAUUUCGAAGAAUUCCUGGCAAAAAUCUUCUCUCAGCUCCACGAAGCUGACGAUGAAAAGAACACCUUGGAGUGCGCCCUACAAAACAAAAUGUCUGCCUACGAUGAUGAAAUCCAGCAUCUGUAUGAAGAAAUGGAGCAGCAGAUCAAAACCGAGAAAGAAAAAGUCGUUUUGGAGGGCGCUGAGAGGUUCCAGUCCCGACAGCAGGAACUGGAACAAAAACUUGUUGAAAAGGAGAAGGAAUUCGAGCAACUGUCUCAGAAGCAGAAAAUAUUGGACAAACAGUGCAAAGAGCUACGUAACGUUAAAUACGACACCACCACGGAAAAUACAAAAUUGAGGGUUACUAACCAAGAGCUUCUGAAUUCGCUGGAGAGAACCUCCGAGGAGUUAAUUAUUGCUCAACAGCAGUUGGAAAUACUUCAGGAGGAAGCUAAAAAACUGCAGGAAGAAAAGGAAAUUGAGGUUUGCCGGGUGACAGAAAUAUUAGAGAGGGAGAAAUUAGGACUCCUUAAACAAUUGGAUUUUUUGAGGGAAAGAAACAAACAUCUGAGCGAUGAGCGUGACGUGUGUCUUCAGCGGAAAUCUGGGUACGAGGCCCCUGUCAGCCGGAAACAACGGUCAGGGUCAAUUAUUGGCAAAUAUAUUGAGAGAAGAAGUUCACUGAAGAGCGAGCCGUCCGAAGAUGAGACCUUUAGCGCACCCCAAAUAAGAAGUGCCCUUAGUAUGAAUGUGGAUCUUUCAUUAGAUUCUGAGCCCCCUAAACUUGGGGGGCCGACCCAGAGGAAGCACAUCAGAAGGCUAAUAUCCAUUGAAGAAGAUCAUCUACCACAUCUUCUGAAUAGGACAGAGAGGCAACUAAUACGGUGGUCUGAAAAAGAGGAAGAUGAACGAGGACCUAUGAAUGGAGUCCAAGGGCAGCCACAGUUUGAACAGUCUCAUGCCUCAUCUAGGGAAGAGCCCGUAGGAAAAGAAACCCUGACAAAUGAUGAAGCAUUCCGCAUGGCUCCAGAUCGUAUUUUCAAGAUAGUUCUGGUGGGGAAUUCAGCUGUGGGGAAAACAUCCUUUCUAAAGCAAUUCUGCGAAGAACGGUUUUUCCCAGGCACGGCUGCUACUGUCGGUGUGGAUUAUUCUAUGAAAACGGUGAGCUUGGAUGGCAGCCAGGUGGUGCUGCAACUCUGGGACACUGCUGGGCAAGAAAGGUAUCGCAGCAUCACGAAGCAAUUCUUCCGGAAAGCUGACGGGGUUGUUGUGAUGUACGACAUAACCGCACAAGACACCUUUGUAGCUGUGAAGCAGUGGUUGGUGAGCGUAGAGGAGGCAGCUGGAGAGAACAUCCCGGUCCUUUUGGUCGGCAAUAAAGUCGAUAAGGAAAAAGAACGAGAGGUUCCUAAGAGAUUGGGGGAACGUCUAGCCAAGGAUUACAGUAUAAUUUUUUACGAAUGCAGUGCCUUGACGGGUGAGAACACCAAAGCAUCUAUAUUGCACUUGGCCAGGAUUUUAAAAGAGCAGGAAGACAACGUGAAAGAGAAAACUAUUCAGCUGCAGCAACAGCCUAAAAAAACAACUUGCUGUUCCAGGCAAUAACAAAGCUCACGUAGAACUCCCUUUAAUAAAUAAACACACAAUCAUUUUCAUCUUCCCUACACUACAGAGUCCUGGAUUAUAUCGUCAGGCAUUGUUUAUGGCUUUUACAGGACCGCAAGUCGUUUUGCCUCUAGUUCGAUGGAAAUUUUAGAACGGAGUACAGAAACGACACAGCUGGAAGGGACCUUGGAGGUCUUCUAGUCCAACCCGCCUACUGAAGACAGGAGACCUUAUUUCCAUUCCGGAUAAAUGACUGUUCAAUCUCUUCUUAAAAAUCUCCAGUGAUGGAGCAGUCACAAUUUCUGGAGGCAAGCCGUUCCUCUGGUUAAUUGUUCCGUCAGGAAAUUUCUCCUUAGUUCCAGGUUGCUUCUCUCCUUGAUUACAGUAGCGGCCAAAAUUGUGGGAACCUUUUGGGAAAAGUGUAUUUUCUAAAACUAGCUAAUAACAUCACUUUUUUUUUGGGACUAGUACCGUAAAAUUAUAUAUCAAUGGAAAGAUAAUUUAAUCAAGGAUGUAAUGCAAUCACUUUUAUGAAGGAAGGAAUGGCAGUUACAGUAUAAAGAAGAAAAGUGAAACACGUAGAAAAAACGAGAUAUACAAAAAUUAUCGCCAUGUCAGUGAAUACUUAGUUGGGUAACCUUUAGCAUGAAUUACGGCCUUACAACGUCUUCCCAUGGAGUGAACCAAGUCUUUUAGUUCUGCAGCUGUUAUCAGGUGAAACCAAGAUUGAAUGAUGGCUUCUAUUAACUGGGUUUUAUUGCUGGGUCGCUUCUGACUAACAAGUUUCUUUAGUAGGAUCCAUAGAUUUUAAAUUGGGUUAAGGUCUGGGCUAUUCCAGCAGCGGAAUAGGAUUAUCUUGAAACUCAAAAAAAUAAAAUAAAUGAUGUUAUUAGCCAUCAAACUUCAAAAAUACAUUUUCCUCAAAAGGUUUCCACAAUUUUGGCCACUACUGUAGUUUCUAUUCAUUGCUUCUUAUCCUGCCCUCAGGUGCUUUGGAGAAUAGCUUGACUCCCUCUUCUUUGUGGCAACCCAUGAGAUAUUGGAACACUGCUAUCAUGUCACCCCUAGUCCUUCUUUUCAUUAAACUAGACAUACCUAACUGUUCUUCAUAUGUUUUAGCCUCCAGUCCCCUGAUCAUCUUUGCUGCUCUUCUCUGUUACAAAAUCUUGGGAUGCAAAUAUGGAAGAUGAUUUGUUGUAUCUGCGCCCCCCGAGCCAGGCCUCCUGCCAGAAAGUGACUUGGAAAGUGACGGGGAAGGGCCGUCAGGACUUACCUCGGGAGCACCGGCUUCCCUGGCUCAGCUCCAGGAGCCAGAGGCAGGCCAGGUGGAAGAGAUAACGAGGCCUCCGUCCCCUGACUCUUUCCCCCCCCAGGCCAUGCCUCCAGACCCAGCUGAUGGCAAUCAGGCCUGGCUGGACCCUAGGUUUCGUAGGCAGGAGAGGUGGGAACAACAGAAGCAGGGGUGGGGCAGGCCUAGGAAGUGCUGAGUCAUGGAGCCACACCCCACAGGAUAUAAAGGCAGCAAGAGCUGCUGUGCCUCUUCAUAGCAGGCAAAUUAACUGCUUAGCUAAGAGCUGAAGUACUGUUUGUUCCUGGGUGACUCAUCGGCGUCAAGGGAGAUAACAGAGACACUUGGCAGAUGCUCGCUUGUUUGCUGCCAGAGCUGAUAGUGCCGGCUAAUUAAGCCAUCGCUCGGACAGAGGCGAGGGGGGACAGAACACAAUUGCUAAUUAAUUGUACUAAAAACAAUUGCUUCAAGAGAAGGAGGGAUCGGGAGUAUAUGGCUGCAGCCUGGCUUCCCUUCCCCUUCCCAUUGACCUGAAUUCAUACAUUUGUAAACUCACCCACCACCAAACUGUGUAAUUAACUAUGACUUGGAAAGCAGAGACGCCUCAACCAGCAAUCUGUCAUCUCUUUUUCCCAUCAUAAAUAUUCAGGGAAAAAUACGUGAGGACAUCCAGAUUCCUCUGGCCUUUUAACCUGCAGAUUGUAUGAGAACAGAAUAAAAGAGUUGGAAGGGACCUUGGAGGUCUUCUAGUCCAGGGGUCUCCAACCUUGGUCCCUUUAAGACUUGUGGACUUCAACUCCCAGAGUUCUAGACAACUGGAGGCUCAGCUUGCUGGAUGGCCGGAGGGCCGCUGUCAGAUAAUUUAGUGGAUUCUUAACCCUGAGCAGGAAGAAUGAUUAAAUAUCCACUAGAUCUUUUAUUCAAACCUAUCCAUUCAAUAUGGGAUGCAGCGGUUCAGUGGCUAAGACACUGAGCUUGUCAAUCAGAAAGGUCGGCACUUCGAAUCCCUAGUGCCAUGUAAUGGGGUGAGCUCCUGUUACUUGUCCCAGCUUCGGCUAACCUAGCAGUUCGAAAGCACGUAAAAAAUGCAAGUAGAAUAAUAGGGACCACCUUUGGUGGGAAGGUAACAGCGUUCCGUGCGCCUUUGGUGUUGAGUCAUGCCAGCCAUAUGACCACAGAGACAUCUUCGGACAGCGCUGGCUUUGAAAUGGAGAUGAGCACCGCCCUCUAGAGUCAGGAACAACUAGCACAUAUGUGCAAGUCCAUUAUCUUUACCAUUAUCUAUUCAAUGACCAAAGCAACAAGGCUGUUUCAUUGAGUUCGCAUCUGGAGCCAAAUUGAAACAGAUACCAUUUCUAAGUGGACACAUGGAUAAAUCAAGUAUAGUUGAACCAUUCCUUACGGCUCAAGGCAGGGUUCUUCUGAAGGAACUUCGGGACUCCCUCUUUGAGAAAGUUAAGCAUUAUCUCCUCAUGUAAUAAAGAACAGGCUUUUAAACUGGAUCAACUAGAUUCAAAAGCCACCUAGACAGGAAUCAAGGCAGGUAGUUGUCCAUAUUCCAAGGCUGCAGUAACUGAAAAUGAUCCUUCAAAUUUCAGUAGUGAAAUCCCAAUUUUUUUACUACUACGGUUCUGUGCGCGUGGCUUGAGGGAGCGUGGCAGGGGAAGGAUACUGCAAAAUCCCCAUUCCUUCCCCACUCUUGAGGCCAGCCAGAGGUGAUAUUUGUCGGUUCUCCAAACUGCUCAACAUUACCGCUACCGGUUCUCCAGAACCUGUCAGAACUUGCUGGAUUUCACCCCUGCUUCAAAAUCAGAGGAGAUGCCACUUGGUGCGAACCAAUCUCUGUGCGAACUCAACAUCCAGGUCAGCAUAAUGAAGAUUCUCAGUCGUCCAGAGAAAAUUGUCUGAAAGUUGAAUUUAAAAAAAAAAAUUAGGCCAGUAGCAAUGAUUCAGACAACUUUAGACAACUUUCAUCCAGAUCAGCAGGGAGAUGAAUAAAUUUAAUCUGAAAACGCAAGUAGAUUAUUACCCCAAGUUAGCAGUUAUGAUGUUAACAACUCCAGAUCUAGCUAGAAGAACCAAACAAACUGGAAAGUGAUUUGUGGAUGGUGGAUGUAGAGAGUAACACAUUCACCAUCCAUCAGGAUAAUUACUUUAUAAUUUGGGAAGGUAACAAAUGCUGUUUGGGCUUGAAGGGAUAGUUUGGUGAUGCUGAUUGGUGCAAUCGAUUGUUCUUGUAAUUUUUUAAUGUAUAUUUAUGAUUUUAUACAAGCUGCCUGGAAUGUGUCAAAUCAGGCAGGACAUAACUUAUGUAAAAAAAUAAAAAUAAAUCAAUGCUCUGAGUGGGCUUAGCUGAUUAUUUGAUGGAUUCUGUCCCGUUUCUGGUUUAUACACUCACACAGACAGUUGCUGUGGUGAAUUAGCAGCUUUCCCGAAGUCGAGGAGAUAACAGCAGAUAAGGAAUGCAAUCCAAAACAGUCUCUAAGCAACACCUGCUUUGGUGGAGUGGUUUUGCUUUU